AAAGCUUAAGUUAAUGUCUUUGAAUUUCAGUUCCCGAACCAGCAAAUACGCUCAUGUUCAAUGUACAGCCAGAUGAAAUUUUGAUUCCAGGCAAUCGGGCAGGAAUUCUGUUUUCAAUUCAUUCUCCGUACGAAGCUGUGAAUCCCUUUGAAAGAGGUAUAUUCAUGAAAGCUGGAAGAACAUACAAGAUAUAUGUAAGCUUGAAAAAGGAAAUUUUGCUGCCGCUGCCAUAUAAAACGAAUUGUCUUAAUUACACUGCGGAAUGGCUUAAAAAUGAUAGAUCUGGUCCACGAACGAAAAAGAUGUGCAUAGACAAAUGUCUCCUGGAAGCUUCUUUAAGAGUUUUCAACUGUUCUGUAGUUAUGAUCCUCUACCCGAAUAAAGAAAGAGUGUGUCUUGACCGUAAGUAAAUGCAA